GAAGAUUGGAUAUUGGGCAGUAUUUUUUUACAACUAAUCGAACUUUUCCUGACAACAAUUCUGGUACUGAGACUUUAAUGAAUUGCGACAAUUAUGAAACUUUGGAAAUCAAGGAAGAAAUCAUCGAAGAUCAAGAAACUACAAAAGAAAAACGUAAUAAUAACUACGAAUCGAAAUUAUGUGCAGUAGAUAUAAAAGAAGGUAAUAUUUCAUCGACUAAAAACAAACUACGGAGUCAAAAUAAGCAGAAAAUUCAAGAAUCAAGACAUAAAUCGGGACGGAAAUACAAAUGCGAAAAGUGUGCUCGAACCUAUAAACUUAAACACACUUUGAAAAGUCAUCAAAAAUACGACUGUAACGUCGUGCCACAGUACAGUUGUAAAUUUUGUGGAAAAAAAUUUAAACGGAUAUAUAGUAUGAGUCGACACAUUGGUCGUCUACAUCUUAAAACAGACUUACAGACGUCGCCAGCAAGGCAUAAUUGCGACAAAUGUUUUCGAAGUUACAAUUGGCCAUAUGAUUUAAAUCGACAUAAACGUUUAGAACAUGCAGCAGACAUGCCACAAUUUACUUGCGAUUAUUGUGGCCACAGAGCGAAUCAAAAAAGUAACUUGGGAACACAUAUUAUUUUAAAACAUCUUAUUAAGGAAUAAUU